AGACAGACAGACAGAGAUUCCUUGCUAUAUAUAGAGAGAUAUAGAGAGAUGCAUCAAGGUCUGGAAAAACAACUUGGGAUUGUCUGGCAAAAAAGUUAAAUAUUAACACAUUAUUCCAAGCCCUGUAGUCAGCAUUAGCUGUCAAUUAUAUUGUAUCAAUUGUCCUGAGAGUUACGAUAUGUCUGAAUUACAACCAGGAAGCUCUUAUGAAUGGCUUUUCCCACUCUGUGGUCUGUAAAAUACAGUAUUAAUACGCAUAACUGACACAUUAUAGUCAAGUAUACAUCAGUCAGAGGACUUAGGGACACCAUGUUGACUGGUAGUAGUAUUUCAGACACCCUGACAAAUGAAAAAAGUCCCCAUGACCCUCUGCCUUUCACAACAACGUAACAGUAGACGGGAGUGGAAGGGGGAGAGACAUCCAUAGGGUAAAAGUAAAACCCCACUACAACUGAUUGUGCAAGAGCAUGCUGCUGUACUACACACCACACACAACCUCAGCUUCGAGUGUCUCUCUCCCCCCCAAGUCGCUUUUAAACCUGAUAAAUUCAAAAACGUCCUUCAUGUUCAUCCAUCCGUACAUAACCUGACAGCUAUUAGUUUAUGAAUUGUUAAUAUAUGAAGGCGUGUUUGCCUUUCUUUGUCUAAAGCGGCUGCUUGACAAGUCCAUCUCGUUUCAUUUCAUAACACAAGGUCAUGUAGACAUACAAAAAUAGGAAUCCCUCACAUUCCCUCAUGUGAACCUUCCAAUUGUAGACCUUUCAGGUUGCAGGAAAAAUGCAGCAGCCUAUAUAUCACCUCUUCACAGGCUUUUAUCUCUUUUAUGAAUCUGAGAUGAAUGAGGAACGUCGCUAUUUAUACCAUCCUAUGCAUGCAUUUCUCAAAGCUGUUUUGACUCUGCACAUUCCAGUCUAUUUAUGUUGGGAUUUUUCUACAAGUUACAAUUGGCCGCAACAUUCCCGCCAGCUAAAACAGGCACGCUUCUGAUGUGCGUAUAGCUUCUCUAUAUGAAGCUAUUAUACCCUCAAUAGGCAUGAUUGUUUACCAUAAUCAGCGCGUUAGGCGAUAUUUUCAAUCUAACCAACUAGUGUUGACUCUCCUUGAAAUUAAGUGUAAAAGCACUGUCCACAGUUUUCUUUGGAAGUAUUUUAAUUUUAUAGUUUGGGUGAACUGACUCUUUGAGAUAUAUACCUCUAUUUAAUGAGGCAUACUUCAUAAAAUGUUUAAAAGGCAUAACUAAUGUUUUAUAAGCCAUCAAUAAGGGUAACUUUGGGGUUGCUCGGUUGUAAAAAUAUCCAUUUGGCUGCUACAUAUCCGCUCUCCUCCUUCAGCAUAACUUGCUUUGUCUUUUUAGGUAAUGGACACUUUCACCUCCUACCCUAUGGAAAGCAGCUUUAGGGCAUCUGAGCCAAAACACAUUUAUUAAGAACUUAAUGACAUUUGUAACCGCAGCCAUGAUGGCUUAUCAGAAAUGGAGGAAGCCGCAGACCUUUCUUAUGAAAUAAGGAACCCUUAAUUAAUGACUCAGUAACAUAAGUUUGAUCUUUAUGUUCCCAACUGAGGUAUGGGAUCUGGAAAUUGGAUUAUCGGAUAAUCUGGACAAUGCAUGGUCACUGAGAAAAUGUGUUAUAGGUAGCUUUGAUAUUGUGUUUCUAUUCUGUGUCUGUGUAACACAUGUUUUACUUUCUUUUCCUUGGUUUAGGAACCACGUACAGUUUACAGCAAGGAUUUGGUUUUCCUUGGAACAUGAAAGUCAAAUGUUGGAAAUGCUGAAAAGAAUUUAAUCUCAAAGCAAGUAAUAGUGUGGGAGGUUAUACACCAGUCAAUGGGAUUUUUCACAACCGAAUGGAUGUUCUUUCAAAUGGUUUACUAUACUCAUCUUAAAAACCAUUAAUAGAGUUUGUGUUAUCAUUCAUUUCAAAGUCAUACCACCUUAUAAAGUAAGUCUUGUUCAACAGAGGUACCUCUCCUUAUUCAUUUCUACCCUGUUAUCUGUGGAAUAUCAGUGUCAUGUCUUUCACUCUCUCAGCUGCAGCGCUGGGAAAUAUCAGUGCUUCCAUAUUGUCCGGAUUCAGACAUUUAAAGCACCUGUCAUAAAAACCUGAGGUGACAUUUCAAUAACUUCUGAAGGCCUUAAUUUAUAUUAUUUCCUACACAAAGUCACUAGGUUGUAAAGACCCAUUGAAAAAAAAAAGAUGCUUGAUGCAGCGUGACAGCCAAAGAGUUGGAUAGAGUUUCACAUUCUAUAUAUAAGCCUGGUGACUUGUGUCCCUGCUGCGCUAUUUAAAUGCCAGAGUCCCACUUGUCAAAACAGAGGCGAGGGGCGCAACAAUAUGAUGGACCUUUUUGAGACCAACACUUAUCUUUUCAAUGAUUUGCGUUAUUUGGAGGAAGGGGAUCAUGGACCACUACAGCACUUGGACAUGGCGGGGGUGUCUCCUCUGUACAACGGCAAUGACAGCCCGCUGUCACCGGGCCAGGAUAAUGUUCCGUCCGAGACCGGAGAGGAGAGCAGCGGGGAGGAGCACGUCCUUGCGCCCCCGGGUCUCCGGGCGCACUGCGAAGGCCAGUGCCUCAUGUGGGCCUGUAAGAUCUGCAAGAGAAAGUCUGCGCCGACUGACAGGCGCAAGGCUGCCACACUCAGGGAGAGGAGGAGGCUCAAGAAGAUCAACGAGGCCUUCGACGCGCUGAAGAGGAAGACCGUGGCCAACCCCAACCAGAGGCUACCCAAGGUGGAGAUUUUACGCAGCGCCAUAAGCUACAUUGAGAGACUACAGGACCUGCUGCAAACGCUGGACGAGCAGGAGAAAACGCCAAACGGAUCAUCCUACAACAUUAACGUCAAAGAACACAGUGUGUCCAGUCAUGAGUACCUUUGGAAAAAGUCCUCAGAGACCUGGUCGACCUCUGCUGACCAUUCCACUGCAGCGAUGAUAAACCAGAGAGAAGGAACCAGUGAGUCCUCCGCGUCCUCCAGCCUCCUUCGUCUGUCCUCCAUCGUGGACAGCAUCACCAACGACGAGAAAAUCAGCUUCAGCGAGGUCGCCUCAGAGAAUUGAAAUACGAGCGACGACCUUAAAUAGAUAGCUAUGUAUUUCAAAUUUCCAUUGUUUAUCUCUAAAUUAUUUCCACUGUAUUCAGCCGGCAUGGCUUCAGUUUGUUUUGUUGUACAGCAGGAGCAACCGCUGCUCUUUUGCAGAUAAAAAAUGUGUAUAUAUUUUAUAAUAAUGUGAUGUGUAGAUUUAUUUAUUUUGUAUUCAGAAGAAGACAAGCUGUCUAAGAAAGCUGAUAUUGUAUUUAAAUAUUUGUACAUAACUGACAAAAAAAAAUAAAUUGCUACUUUUGCAGUACUCUAAA